AUGGCGAAGCUUGUACAGCUGCUCCUCUUGACCCUCGGUCUGUUGCUCCUCUCGGGAUGGACCACGGCUAAAACAGUCACUUACGACUUCAACGUGAGUUGGGUCAAUGCCAACCCAGACGGACUCCUCGAGAAGAAGGUGGUUGGCAUCAACGGACAAUGGCCGCUGCCCGUCAUUGAAGUCGACAAGGGCGACCGCCUCGUGGUGAACAUGCACAAUGGCCUGGGCGACAAGAACACCAGCAUUCAUUGGCACGGCAUGUUCCAGACUAACACGAGCGACAUGGACGGUCCUUCGAUGGUCACCCAGUGCCCCAUUCCUCCCGGGUACAGCUUCACCUACAACUUCACCGUCAACCAGAACGGCACGUACUGGUAUCACUGCCACACCGACUUCUGCUACCCGGACGGCUAUCGACAGGCGCUGAUUGUGCAUGACAAGGAUGCCUUCUUUAACGACCAGUACGACGAGGAACUCACCAUCACACUCAGCGACUGGUACCAUGGCUUCGUCGAAGACAUCCGCUUCCUGUCUCUCUACAACCCGACCGGUGCCGAACCUGUGCCUAACUCCUUCCUGCUGAACGACACACAAAACUCCAGUAUUGCCGUCAAACCGGAUACGACUUAUCUGAUAAGAUUGAUCAACAUCGGCGCGUUUGUGUCGCAGUACUUUUACAUCGAGAAUCAUACCUUCAGAGUCGUGGAGAUCGACGGCGUAUACACAGAACCCACCGAGUCCGACUUACUCUACCUCUCUCCUGCCCAAAGGUACUCUUUCCUGCUCACCACCAAGAACACAACCGACAAGAAUUUCCCCAUCGUCACCGUCGCCGACUCCGAGUUGCUCGAUGUCAUCCUUCCUGACCUUCUACUCAAUAAUACUAAUUGGCUGGAAUACAACGCCGACGCUCUGCACCCAGAGGCGGUCAUGACUGUCGACACCUCGGCGGAUCUCUACCCCUUGGACGACAUGACCUUGGUCCCUCACGAUGCCAUGGAACUUCUCCCGGAGCCGGACCACGAGAUUGUGGUGGACGUGGUCAUGGCCAAUCUCCGCAACGGCUUCGGGUACGCCUUUCUCAACAACAUCACCUACACCAAACCCAAAGUGCCCACGCUCUACACCGUCAUGAGCGCCGGCGACUUGGCCACCAACGAGCUUGUCUAUGGCGAGUACACGCACCCCAUGGUUCUCAAGCACAACGAAGUGGUGCAGAUUGUGCUGAACAACCAAGACGGAGGCGCCCACCCUUUUCACCUUCACGGCCAUCAAUUCCAGGUCAUUGAACGUUUCCCCGCUUAUGGCGAGCACUUUUUCGACUACAAGGACGGCGACCCGGUGCCGUACGACCCUUCAAACCACACGGCUUUCCCGACCACCCCCGCGCGUCGCGAUACCUUUGUGGUCCCGGCCAACGGGUACUAUGUCAUUCGCUUUGUCGCUGACAACCCGGGCGUGUGGAUGUUCCACUGCCACAUCGACUGGCAUUUGGAACAGGGCUUGGCCAUGGUCAUGAUCGAGGCGCCCGACGUGAUUCAAAAGACGCACAAGAUCCCUCAACAGCAAUACGACGUGUGCAAGGCCGCCGGGAUCCCGAUCGAGGGCAACGCCGCGGCCAAAACCGAAAACUUUUUGGAUCUGGACGGCCAGCCGGAACAGGUCGGUCCCAUCGCCAGCGGCUUCACCGCCAGAGGUAUCGUGGCCUUGGUCUUUUCUUGCAUCAGCGCGGUGUUGGGCAUGGCUUUCAUCACCAUUUACGGCUUGUCGGAGCCAAAGACUCUACAAAAGGACAUGUCGUCGACCGAUGAUGACGUUACUCAUGAAAGUGUACCUGCUGGUGAUGCGGAACCCAAGAUCGCCGCCGCCGCCGGUACUGGUGCUGGUAAUGGUACAAGCACUGGCACUGCCCCACGGUAG